CAGAUUCCUAAAAUAAAAUUAUUUACAUGAAUAAAUAAAAUAUAUGUGAUGGACUUCUCAUCGUUGAGUGUAAAUGAACUGAUUACACAAUUACAGUCGAUAAUUGACGAUCAAGAAAUCCUAAAAACUUUCGAAGGCUCUUUUUUUUAUAGAUCUUAAUUAAAAUAUUAAACAUGCAGUCAUUAAAUUGUUCACUUUGUAACCAAAAAAUCCCAGGAGCAUUGAACGGCUUGAGCCGGCAUCUUGUAAAUGAUCAUGGGUUAUCACUUAAACGGGGAAUGGGGGAUUCUGGUUUUCGAUGUGGCCAAAAUGGUUGUCAGAGUCGAUUUUAUCAUUUUUAUACUCUGAGAGACCAUAUAAAUAAACACCAUUUGAACAAUAAUUAUGGUGAAGUUUUACCAGAAAAUAAUGAAAUUAAUAUUAAUAUUCAGUGUCAGAGAAUUGACGAUGUUGGUAUUAACAAUCACGAUAAUAAUUAUGAUAUAGAUAACGAUUAUCAAGAUGACGAAGAGCCAUUGAUUCCCGAUGAUAACGAUGAUAAUGUGAUGAACUUUGAUUUACGAAAAUAUGUAAUUCAAAUGGUUGCUAAAUUUCAAUGCAAACCUUCAAUGACAACAAGUUUAUUAGUUGAACUUCUGGAUGAGUGUGAGCAACUUUUGUUUCAUACUCGUGAUUACUUGAAACAGAAGGUGGAACAAUUUUUUAAUACGCGACAACUACACGAUGAUGAAGCUAAGGAUGUGCUCAAAGCAUUUGCAUUUGAUAGCCCUUUUGACGGACUUAAAACUUUAAAUGGCCAAAUCGAAUUAUUGAAACAGCAUUGUCACUACAUAGAGCCAAUUGAGGUCCCUCUUGGAUAUAGGAUAGACAGUAUUCUUGAUAAAAGUACUGGAACUUAUAUGCCUAAACAGGUCCUGGAAACUUGUCAAUAUGUACCGGUUAUUCCGACUUUGACUCUGGUUAUGUCCAGUCCAGAAAUACGAAAGGCUGUGGAGUCUGAAAAAAAAUCUCCCGACGAUAUUUUAGCUUCAUUUGUUGACGGAGAAUACUUUGAGAUUCAUCCAUUGUUUUCACGAUAUCCUCAUGCUUUGAGAUUACAAAUAUACUAUGAUGAGUUGGAAACUGUCAAUCCUUUAGGCUCCAAAACUGGCGUCCAUAAACUUGGUAUAUUUUACUAUACCAUUCAGAAUUUACCACCUCAAAUAAAUUCCGAAUUAAGUUCCAUACAUGUCCUUGUAAUGUGUUCUGACGCAGAUGCAAAGAAAUACGGAUUUAAAAAAAUACUUGCUCCAUUUUUCGAAGAAUUACGUCACUUAGAGAGUGAUGAUGGUAUAUCCAUUGAAACAACUGAAGGAGAAUUUGUUCUUCGUGCUUCUAUCGCAGCAUUUUGUGGGGAUGGAUUGGCCGUUCAUGAUGUCUUUAAUUUUCUUGCUCCAUCAGCAAAUCAUUUUUGUCGGAUGUGUAUGUAUAGCAGAAAUGAUUUACAUUCUGGAAGUUUAGAGCUUGGUCAGAAGCGAAGUAAAGAACUCUAUGAUCAACAUAUAACAUUCCUUAGACAAAAUAAUUUUUCAGCUGAAUCAAAAUCAGAAACUGGCCUUCGAGGAGAAUGCUGCUUACAUGAGUCCCGAUAUUUUCAUGUCUCUGAUAAUAAAGUUUUUGACGUGAUGCAUGAUUUGUUGUGCGGUAUAUGUCCUAUGAUAAUCAAAUUGGUGUUAAAUGAAUAUAUUUUAGUUCAGAAAAAAUUUAACUGUGCAUAUUUUAAUGGAAAAAUUAUGUCCUUUCAAUAUGGAUUUAUUGAAAUGACAAAUAAACCUUCUGCAAAUUUUACUGAUGGAAUGCUUCGUAAAAGUGAACAUACAUUAAGCCAAAAAGCUAUGCAAAUCUGGUGUCUGAUUCGAGCUUUUCCAUUUUUGGUGGCAGAUAAAAUUCCUCUAGGAGAUAAACAUAUGGCACUUAUAUUAAAUUUAUUAAAAAUAAUGGAGAUUAUAUUUGCUCCCAAAAUUAAUAGUCGUUAUUUGAGGAGCCUACAGAAUCUAAUUACCAAUUUUCAUACUAAUUUCCUCAUAUUGUUUCCAAAUGUAAAUCCUAUAAAUAAGUUUCAUCAUAUGGGUCAUUAUGUAGAAUGUAUCCGAUGGAUGGGACCUUUGAUAAACCGUUGGUGCAUGAGGUAUGAAGCAAAACAUGGUGGCAUUAGACUUCGUGCUCAAAAUGUUCACAACUUUAAAAAUUUACCUAAAACGCUAAUAAGACUAUGUCAGUGUAGUCAGAGCGCUAAGUGGGGUGCAGCUGACGUGAAAAUUAAUCGAUUUAUGGCGUCUAACGGAGAUAUUGUUGCAGUUGAAGAUACAGCAAGUAGAGAAUCUCUCCAUUCUUUAGAUUAUAUUGAUACUGAUGAAGUAUUUCGUUGUAAUUCUGUAAAAGUCAAUGGGGUUGACUUUCGAGUUGGCUUGUAUGUAUGCUUAGAAACUUCAAUUACUAGAGAAGAUAAUUUAUGUCUGUUUGGAUGUAUUCAAGAAAUUAUUGUUUUAAGAAACAGCGAUGUACAUUUCUUAGUUUCAGUUUGUAUAACAACUGAAUUUGAUACGAAUUUAAAUGCUUACCACAUUGAGUCCAAUGACAAUGACGAUGAUCCAGGUCUUUUUAUUGAAACAUGUAAACUUCCGUACUUUAAACCAUUCUGUUGUUGGACGAAACCAGAAUCAAAUGACUUAUAUAUUAGUCUUCGUCAUAUAUUGUUAUGACGUAUCAUUCCCAAUACUUUGCCAUCACUUUGUGAUGAAGGUAUUGAUGGGGCAGUAUUUUUGGAUCUAUCGGAAAAAGAUCUCAUCGGCUUAAAUAUAAAAAUGGGACCAAGAAAACGUAUUCUAAAAUUUAUUGAAUCAGUAAAUCUAAAAAAAAAUAUAGAUGGAUCAU